AUCUCGCGAUCAACAAUGGCGUCUACAUCGUGGCUGGCCCUGUGUCUGUGUCAGUUGACAUUAGCCACCGCUGGGCCGACUGUGACGUCAUCCUGGGGGACAGUUGAGGGGGUGAUAAAGACGUCCCCGGAGGGUCGGAAGUACAACGCCUACUUGGGAAUACCGUAUGCACUGCCACCUGUCGGUGACCUCAGAUUCAAGAAGUCACAGCCUAACCCAGGCUCUUCUGGAAUCUUCAAAGCAAAGGCAUUUGGCCCCGCUUGUCCCCAGCUGGGCACCGAACCUCAGGAUGAAGACUGCCUGACCAUCAAUGUGUUCACGCCCACACAGGCGCCAGCGGUCAAGCGGUCAGUGAUGGUGUGGAUCCACGGAGGCGGCUUCCAGGCUGGGUCAGCCGUCAAGUACGACCCCUGGAAGAUGGUGACGGAAGGGGACGUCGUGGUCGUCACCCUCCAGUACAGACUCAACGUCCUCGGCUUCCUCAGCACUGGAAACGCCGUCCUACCUGGCAACUAUGCUCUUUGGGACAUGAAGCUGGCUCUCCAAUGGGUUCAAGAUAACAUUGAGGGUUACGGCGGGAAUUCUAGCCAUGUCACUCUAUUCGGUGAAUCUGCAGGAUCUAAAGCGGGAUCCUAUCUCUUCUUGUCGAAGAAGGCAAAGGGAUUAUUUCAGAAGGUUAUCAUGCAAAGCGGAUCAGCUACAGGAUAUUUCUCAUUCAGGAGCAAUCCCAGAGAAGUAGCUGUUGCUCUUGGAAAACGUGUUAAAUGCAUACCCGACACCCCGGGUUAUGAUCCAGCCGACAAGGACCUUCUGAACUGCUUUCAGAACAUGUCAGUGUCGACUUUGGUCAAGUAUUCCAUUCCGAAUCUCGGCCUUGCUUACUACUCGGCCGAUUUUACCUGGUCUCCGGUUGUGGAUGAUGACUUCGUUAUCAACAACCCGAGGUUCAUGAUCCAUGACUCUGCCCAUCUGGAGCGCGUGGGGUUUUAUGACCUUGACCUGAUGGUGGGGGUGAACAAUCAGGAAGGGGGGUACAUGGUGGGCAUGGCCUACAACUAUGGCCACACCCACAACACCUCCGCCCUUACCACCAUCAGGACUCACCAUUACUACAAGACAGAACUGGUUCCUCUCAUCCUCAGGAGACUCUGUGGAACGUUUGACAACAGCAGCGUUUACGUCAUCAUGAAUGGCUACGUUGCUAAAGACUACCCUCAGACGAAGCUGCUGACCCUCUAUGACGUCAUGGACACACAGAGUGACGCCUCCAUUGUCGCACCGUCUGUAGAAGUGGCCAACGCACACGGUCGGUUUACCAACCGGGGCAAAACGUACUUCUAUCUAUUUGAUCAUUUUCCAUCAUUCCUGGCAAAUUACAAUCGUCUUAGAGGAAUGGUGCAUGCACGUGAUCUCAUGUAUUCGUUUGGGAUCAGUGCAGCGUUUGUCCACAGCAAUUACCAUAGCAACGUCAGUCAAGAAGAAUAUCAGCUGUCAUCGACGUUCGUUGCGAUAUAUACAAACUUUGCAAAGAGCAGUGAUCCGAAUCCCGCAGUAAAAGGCCAGCUUUCACGUGACUGGCCUCAGUAUGACGUCACCAACCAGAACUUCCUGGCAUUCUCAACCAAGAUGGCGGUGAAGAGUCACGUGUAUCCAAAGAGGGUCUCCACGUGGUUGGACGCCCUUCCUAAAGCAGACCGGCACUGUAUGGUGAGGAGUGACAAAGGUUCAUCCAACAUAAUUAUUGGAUAAACAUUCUGUCAAUACCAUUGUGUCGAAGUUGAAGGGACCAAUGUAAAUACUUCGAGCUGUCCGAGGUUCGACACAACCGAAAACGGAUGAAUAAAGAAGGAUUAU